GGGCGGGACAUCCGGCGCGAAGCGGGGCGGGGGCGGCUGUGUUGUGACUGGGGAGAAGGGGAGGGGUCCGGCCAGCGGGGCGUGCGGUGGGGUGCGGGAGCUGCAGCGGCGCAGAGUCAACCCCGGCCGCCGCCAUGCCCGGCAUCGACAAGCUCCCCAUCGAGGAGACGCUGGAAGACAGCCCCCAGACACGGUCUUUGCUGGGAGUAUUUGAAGAAGAUGCUGCUGCAAUUUCCAAUUACAUCAAUCAGUUAUUUCAAGCUAUGCACAGAAUAUAUGAUGCACAGAACGAAUUAAGUGCAGCAACUCAUCUGACUUCAAAGCUUCUGAAGGAAUAUGAGAAACAGCGUUUCCCACUAGGGGGAGAUGAUGAAGUUAUGACUUCCACUCUACAACAAUUUGCAAAAGUGAUAGAUGAGCUCAGCUCUUGCCACGCAGUACUUUCAACUCAACUUGCGGAUGCAAUGAUGUUUCCUAUUACCCAGUUUAAAGAAAGGGAUCUAAAAGAGAUAUUAACUCUAAAAGAAGUUUUCCAAAUUGCAAGCAAUGACCAUGAUGCUGCCAUUACCAGAUACAGUCGGUUGUCAAAAAGAAGGGAAAAUGAAAAGAUCAAGGCUGAAGUUACAGAAGAUGUAUAUACUUCAAGGAAAAAACAGCAUCAGACUAUGAUGCAUUAUUUCUGUGCAUUAAAUACUCUUCAGUACAAAAAGAAAAUUGCUAUGCUAGAACCGUUGCUAGGAUACAUGCAAGCUCAGAUAAGUUUUUUUAAAAUGGGUUCAGAAAAUCUUACUGAUCAAUUGGAAGAAUUUUUGACCAAUAUUGGCACAAGUGUACAGAAUGUUCGCAGGGAAAUGGAGUGUGAAGUAGAAAACAUGCAACAAACUAUAGAGGACUUGGAAGUAGCUAGUGAUCCACUGUAUUUGCCUGAUCCUGAUCCUACGAAAUUUCCUGUUCAUAGAAAUCUAACACGGAAGGCUGGCUAUCUCAAUGCAAGAAAUAAGACAGGGCUGGUAUCUUCUAGUUGGGAGAGACAGUUCUACUUCACUCAAGGUGGAAAUCUGAUGAGCCAGGCAAGAGGUGAUGUAGCUGGGGGACUUGUCAUGGAUAUAGACAAUUGUUCUGUAAUGGCUGUGGACUGUGAAGACAGACGGUACUGUUUUCAGAUAACAUCUUUUGAUGGCAAAAAGUCUUCAAUCUUACAGGCAGAGAGUAAAAAAGAUUAUGAAGAGUGGAUAUGCACCAUAAACAACAUAUCUAAACAGAUAUAUUUAAGUGAAAACCCUGAGGAAAUUGCUGCACGUGUAAAUCAGACAGCUCUGGAGGCUGUUACUCCAUCUCCUUCCUUUCAGCAGAGGCAUGAGAGUAUGCGGCCAACUAUGCAAUCUCGUCCUCCUGCAGCUCGUACUAGCAGCACAGGGUCAUUGGGAUCUGAAUCAGCAGCUUUAUCGGCACUUUCCUUGGAUUCACUUGUUGCCCCUGACACUCCUAUACAAUUUGACAUCAUAUCUCCAGUUAGUGAAGAUCUGCCUGGUCAAGCAAAAUCUUCAGGGCAAUCGGGCAGACGCACAAAUCCUUUCGGUGAAUCUGGAGGCUCAAAAUCUGAAACAGAAGAUUCAAUUCUUCAUCAGUUAUUUAUUGUAAGAUUUCUUGGCUCUAUGGAGGUGAAGUCUGAUGAAAGUCCAGAUGUUGUUUAUGAAACGAUGCGUCAAAUACUAGCAGCUCGUGCCAUCCAUAACGUUUUCAGGAUGACAGAAUCACAUUUAGUAGUGACUUGUGACUGUUUAAAGUUAAUUGAUCCACAGACACAAGUUACAAGACUACGAUUUCCUUUGCCCAAUGUAGUCUUGUAUGCUACGCACCAGGAGAAUAAGCGCCUUUUUGGAUUUGUGCUUAGAACUUCAGGAGGGAGAGUUGAGAGCCGCCAAACUUCCGUCUGCUAUAUAUUUGAAUCAAAUAAUGAAGGGGAAAAGAUUUGUGACUCUGUUGGACUGGCAAAACAGAUAGCUUUUCAUGCAGAACUGGAUCGAAAAGCAUCAGAAAAGCAGAAAGAAAUAGAUAGAGUCAAAGAGAAACAACAAAAAGAACUGAAUAAACAAAAACAAAUUGAAAAGGACUUAGAGGAGCAAAGCCGGUUGAUAGCUGCUUCCAGCAGAUCGAACCAGAGCAGCGGAGAAGGACAAUUUGUAGUGCUUAGCAGUAGUCAGUCGGAAGACAGUGAUUUAGGAGAAGAUGGAAAGAAGAAGAGAGAAUCUGAAGCCUAAGGUUGCCUACUUUAUUAAAAUUGGAAUCAUGGGUAUAUCUGGUGAAAUGGCACAAGUUCUACAAGAAGUGAAAUGUAGGUGGAGGGUCUGUUGUAUUAUAUAAAAAUACUUCACAAUAUGUAGACCCUGUUAUGCCUUGGUUUUUCUUUCUCAGUUAAGUAAGUAAGUAAGUGAUUUCCAUUUUCAUGUCAGUAUAAUUUCUCUUCUGUACGCCAGAUGAAGCAUGGUGAUGCUACCAUGUUUAUUACAAAAUUAUGUUUUCUCAAGGCUUCUCUGCAGUAUGGAAAAAACUGUGGGGUUUUUUUUUCCCCACUUACCUCUCCAUGCAAUUGACUGCUCUUGAAGCAAAACUUAAACUCUCAUUGGACUUCAGCAGUACACUGAAAUUUUUUCUUUACACUGCAGUAUGGAGAACACCUUGCUGGAAACAAAAGUGGAUGUCCAAAUAAGACAGUGCUAAGCUUUAUCUAAUUUGUUGCACAUAACUGUUCUUAGAUUUAGAAAGAAAAAUCCUUAUUAACAUCAGUGAGAUGUGCAAUAGUUCUAGACAGAAAGAUCUUGCUUUUUAUUUCAUAUUGCACUGUAUGAUACUGUCUUGAUUUUUUUGGUGAAUAUAAUGCUGAAAGACUUCUUUGACAGUAUUUUUUUUCUCCUGUUGAGAUCUAGGUAAGAGCUGAUGAGAUGCAGUUGCACUUUGCUGAGGAAUGUAUAAAGCAUUCCUUAUCAAAUGAUAAUAAUGUAUAUAUUCUUGUAGCACAAGUGCCAUGUUCUUGUUUUUUCCCCAGUACAUACAAUUAAAAGCUGUAAGCCUUUGAGUUCACUUAUAAAACAUGCUUAGAGUUGCAGGAACAUCUUGAAGUCUAUAAUUUGAAAAAUCUUCUGAAUAUGUAAAUGCCUUGCCACCAGUACACUACAUUUACUGAAAACGAGUUGAGGCUCUUUAAGUCUCUUUAUGGAAAUUGAUUUUGCAAACAGAAUUUACUAGCUCUGAAGUAAAAGACUAUGCUAAUCUACAUCCUACAGUCAAUCCCAUAAAGCAUUUUUCAAAGCAGUGUCUGUUUACAGCUUGUAAUCUAAACUCCGUGUUCCAUACACUGUGUAAUAUUUAUUUUGUAUAGUACUAAAUAUGCAUUCACCUUUUGAUCCAGAAGAGAAAACUUGUUUGAAGAUAAAUAUUUAUUUUUGCACUAAUUACUAUAAAUACUAAAAUCCAGUGGAACAGAACUCUCUAAUAGUGGCAUGAAAGUAACAGGAAAUGUAGAAAGAGAAGAAUAUAAUUAUACUCCAAGAUAUAGUGUAACAGUUAUGAGUGUUUUAGAGUUCAUUGCAGGGCAUUUCCAGUGUUCAGGAAUGGAAGCAAUUUCCAGAGUAUCUCCCUGUCAGCUGAUGAUGGCCCAGACCUUCAUAGCUGGAGUUGCUCAGUGCUGAUGAAGUAAGUGAGGAAUCUCAGGACCUCUCUGGUAGAUGGCUGUAGGUGCAUGGAGGCAUCAGUAUCCUUAGCUCUCCUCAUGCACUGGAGUGGCCUGGUGUUGCCUAAAGGCGGCACUCUCCUCCUGCCCUUUAUGCCAGAGAUGCAAAUUUCCAUGCAGAAGUUCACUGCAUCUGGCUCCUGUCACAGGAGAGAAGGGGGAGCAGCGCCUGCCCUUGCAGCGCCUGGGCAGGACUAACAGAGUCCGCUGCACUGGGGCCGCUACGGCAGCAGGAGCUAGAGCAGCUCUUGGAGCAGAUGUUACUGGCACCACAGCCUAGGGAAGGGCUUGAGCAGCCUCGGAAGGGGUCACUUUACCCCUGCCUUAAAAGAGGAGGUGGAGGGGGAGGCGGAGCAGCAGAGACCCUCCAGGUUCUCUUCCUGAUUUAGUUAGCAACUCCUGUUCCAGUACAUAUUCAUCCCCAGAGUAGCCAGCCAGUCACUUGCAGAAAUACCUGCUUUUGCUGUUGCCCAGUCAGGCCAAAUGGCAUUGCCCUGUGGCCAGAUUUGGCUAGCACACUGUCAGGUGGACCACACAAAUCCGAGGCUUUUUUCUAAAGAGGAGUGGCAUUUUUAUUUCAUAUACAGUCUUCUAUUCUCAGCUCUCAAGAGGCUGUUUUUAUUCUUGACAACAAAAAUGGACGGACAGAGGCAGCAAAUCCAAUUUUUUCCCUUUUUGUGCCUAAAUCUAGGCAUACAGAUAGUGCAUGGCAGUCAGUUUGUUUCUGCAAAUCGU